CAACUUUCCAAACCAAAUCCAUUUCCAAAUUUUCAUCGAGACGAUGAACAAUAACAGCACCUCACAACCCCUACACAACAGUUUUGACGCAAAUAGAUUCACAUAUAUUCUAACAUUUGUAUUUAGUCUUGUAUUCUUGAUUCUUGCAAUAGUUGUUGCUUGUGUUCGACAUCGUAUGUCACAAAAUCGAAGCAUGCUCAAUAUUUUGUCUGGUUUUCCACUACAUCGUCAGGAAGAAUCAACCACGGAACAAGGACUAGGUCGUCGUAGGGACAAAAAUAUUGAAGGACAUACCAAGCUAUUAUACUCUCAAAUUCAGAAGAAUAUAGGUGGCUCUUCAACUUCUUCAUGUUGCUCUAUAUGUUUAGGGGAUUACAAAGAAAGUGACAUGUUGAGGUUGCUUCCAAAUUGUGGUCAUCUUUAUCAUGCUGCUUGUAUUGAUCCAUGGCUUAGGCUACACUCCAAUUGUCCCAUUUGUAGAAAAUCUUUGCUACCUUCAACCUAGUGUCUCUCUUCAAUUUUAAGAGGUCGUACAGUCAAUCAAAUCACUCUUUAAUUUUCUGUGUGUAUAUUCAUGUUUUAAUUGAUAGAUUUAAUGUGUUCUUUUUCCAUUUUAAAUAUCAAUUAAGUAUAAAAUGUGC